CGCCUACCUAGCCAAUUUGCAAGCGAUGAAUGGUGAAUAGUGAGCCGCAACUGUACGAUUGUACCACGGCGGCUUAUCUUAGACGUGGAUACGCGAAACAUUUCCGUAAUAACCCAAAAGCAGCCGAACAAGUGCCGAGCAGGUCACUGGACAAGGAUGACUCGUGCUUCGGUUGCAGAUUUGUCUGCUGCGGUUCUUCUUGGUGACCGGAGAGUGUGGUCAAUGUGACAUUGCUUGCUUAUAUGCCGUAUUCAGUUUAUUGUUCGGGUCCCCAACGCAGACCAGCAAUUGCGUGAGAAGAUGUUGAGUCGAUUGAUGAGUGGCAGUAUCAGGAACCUGGAAAGAGAAUUUAGCUGCACUGUCAGACUCCUGGAUGAUACGGAGUAUACGUGUACGAUUCAGAGAGAUGCAAAGGGCCAGUAUCUAUUUGAUCUCAUCUGCCACCAUCUUAACCUGUUGGAGAAGGACUACUUUGGCAUCAGAUACGUGGACCCGGACAAGCAAAGGCACUGGUUAGAGUUCACCAAGUCAAUCACCAAGCAAAUGAAAUCCCAGCCUCCGUUCACCAUGUGUUUGAGAGUCAAAUUCUACCCACCAGACCCUGCUGCACUUAAGGAGGAAAUCACCAGGUAUCUUGUCUUCCUGCAGAUCAAGCGAGAUCUGUACCAUGGCCGGCUUCUCUGCAAGACGUCUGAUGCGGCUAUACUGGCGGCUUACAUUUUACAAGCGGAGAUUGGAGACUAUGACCCAGGGAAGCAUCCGGAAGGCUACAGCUCAAAGUUCCAGUUCUUCCCCAAGCACUCAGAGAAGCUGGAGCGAAGGAUUGCUGAGAUCCACAAGACAGAGCUCAUGGGACAGACUCCAGAAACUUCAGAGCGCAAUUUCCUGCAGAAGGCCCAGAUGCUGGAGACAUACGGUGUGGAUCCUCAUCCAUGCAAGGACGUGUCUGGGAACCCUGCCUUCCUCGCCUUCACUCCUUUCGGCUUUGUUGUGCUUCAAGGGAACAAGAGAGUCCAUUUUCUCAAAUGGAAUGAGGUGACAAAGCUGAAGUUUGAGGGAAAGACCUUUCAUAUAUAUGCAAAUCAGAAGGAGGACAAGAAGAUCAUCUUAACAUACUUUGCGCCAACUCCAGAGGCCUGCAAGCACCUUUGGAAAUGUGGCGUGGAGAACCAAGCUUUCUAUAAGUUGGAGAAGUCAAGUCAGGUGCGUACUGUGUCCAGCAGCAACCUCUUCUUCAAGGGCAGCCGCUUCCGCUACAGUGGAAGAGUGGCUAAGGAGGUGAUGGAGCAGAGCGCUAAGAUCAAGAGGGAACCUCCUGAAAUCCACAGGGCUGGCCUGGUGCCCAGCAGAAGUUGUCCAUCCAUCACUCAUGGGCCGCGGCUGAGCAGUGUACCUCGCACCCGACGGAGAGCCGUCCACAUCUCCAUCAUGGAGGGCCUGGAAUCCCUACGAGACUCCGCCCACUCGACGCCAGUACGUUCCGUCUCUCAUGGCGACUCCUUCAUCCCAAGAUCCCGCAGCCACGCAGCGGAUGCCGGCGACGGCAUGGCCAUUAUCUCAGACGAUGCAUACAGCCCGUCUGACAGCGUUCUGCCCACACCGGUAGCCGAGCACAGCUUGGAGCUCACUGUCUCACGUCAGAUCAAUGGCGCCCCCUGUAGCAUCGAGGAGGAAAAGGAGUCAGAGGCAGGCACGCCCUUGGGCGAGGAGCCGGGCGAUCUGGGCGCGGACAGUAGGGCAGCGGGCUCCUCACAGGCCGCCCUCAGUGAGGUGGAACAGGUGAAUAAGUUUGUUCUAAGUGUCCUCCGUCUGCUCCUUGUGACCAUUGGACUCCUCUUUGUUUUGCUCCUCCUCCUCAUCGUCCUCACCGAGUCCGACCUUGACAUUGCCUUUUUACGUGAUAUCCGCCAGACCCCCGAAUUUGAGCAGUUCCAUUACGAAUACUUUUGUCCCCUCAGGCGGUGGUUCGCCUGCAAGCUCCGCUGGGUGGGCGGGCUGCUCAUUAACAAGUGAAAGUGGGGCGUAGCGCUCGUAAACACCCUGCCACGCUGGGGGGUGAGAAGACAACAAGCACGACGGAGAAAGGUGGAGGGCAGCCAACCGUCCUUACCACCACCCAGCUUCUGUCAUGAUUCACCCGCUGAGGCCCUGGGCCUCCCCACCCGGAGCGCCCUUCUGCUCCUCUUUCAACCUCCUUUUGUGCCCCACAUCCUUUUUGCAUUCUGGUGUCAAUUUGUUUUAUCCUUUUCCAUUUUGCUCAUUUCUUUUUUCCUUUUUAUAAAGACAAGAUUUUUCUCAUUAUUUACCCUCUUUUUUUAAAACUUCAGGUCAUUUCAGGUGUUUUAUUUUUUAAAAUCGACAACAACAAACUUGUUGACUCAAUGAACUGAAGAUAUUAUUCCUUAUAAAGGGAUGAAAUAUUUUGUUGCAACAGGAGACGUUGCCUUCAUAGCUAUUUAUUUUGCAUUUAUGAUAAUUAAAGUGGCACAUGAAGCUAUAAGUCAGUUGUUUUAGUGAGGAAGGACAGUGCAACUGUGAAGUGUCUGGUGGACAACCAAUGCUUUCAAGAGAUUUCACUCAUAGUUCAUAUCCAUCCAUUUCAAUUGUUAACAAUAUAUUGCAGGCUGCUAUGACUUACAGUUAGUAAUCUACGGAAUUGAUCUGAACAGCAGUGAGAUGUGCGUCAUUACGAUGUAUGAGAGUGCAAGUUGGAUUAAGAGGAAGGUGAUCAGUUUGAGUGAAGGUUGAUGUUAUUAAAUAAAGGUUUGGGGUAUUUUGAAGUUUGGUAUUUUGCAAGAUUAUUUUAAAGCUGUCAUAUGUUUUUAGGGAUAUAUAAAUGUGUGAGCGGUAGCAAGCUGUGAACUAGAAAUCCAUUUUAAAAAGAGGUUUUCUAAAGGUUAACAAAAAAACCAGUAAAUAUGGUGUUUUGUCAUGUGACCCAAUAGUACCAGUACCUUUUAGAGAAAUGUCCGUGGUUGACGUCUUGGAAACACGCAGCUCUUAUAGAUGCAGUCUAGCUAGAUGUGCAAGACUGUAACAGCUCCAGUUUUUCAGCAUCCCCACCAGCUUCUCUAUCACUUACCUUUGGUUUUCUUAUCCUCUUUUUCUUAUUGCUAGGAGAAUAUCUAAAGAUGUCUUACUAGAGAAGAAAUCAUUUCUGAUUCCAUAUCAAAACCUGCUCUUUCAUGUGUAUUUUGUGGAUAUCAUGCUAUUACUUAGAAUUACAAUAACGACGCUGUACUUUUUGUACAAAAGUAGUUAGUUUCCUAAUAUAUAUUGACAGUUUUUUCCAUGUAUAUUUUAACAGAACUGAAAUGUUAUUUUGGUAUUGAAGAUUAAAUUAUACCUUUUUUAGCUCUGUUUCAGGUGAGGUCUAGAACAUGUGGAGUAGACUUGUUUAGGGGAAACCCAGUAGAUGUUUAAUCCAGAUCCGCUGUCCGUUUCCACCUUCUCUCAUUCAGCCAGCAGUGAGCCUCCAUGCAGGCCCCAACCUCAGAAGCCUUUUGUGCUCGAGUGUGGCGACACACGUUGGGAAAGGGAACGCUGCCUUUGAAAUGGCAAUGACAACAUUUCUUCUGCACAGUCUAACGUGCAAAAUGGUGUCAAUGUCACGUGCAAAAUGUACUUGAAACUGGGAAUCGGUCUGUAAUGUACUGUGUAUAAUGAGAAAUGGAGCUGAUGAUCACAGAGGCUUGGCUGCGUGGACUGGGUGUAAGGAGACGGUUGUUUGCUCAUGUCCACCCCCUAAAGGUUGUGUAGAAGUGUGUGUGUUGACUCUGUGUGAGUGAAAGAGAAAAAACAUUAAAAGAAUAUUCCAACAUUUUUCUCCAAAAAGAAAGCCUAAGGCAUUUUCAUCCCAUUUUUUAAAGUAGGAAAAGCAUGAUUUUCCAAAAGCUUCCACGGGGUGCACAGCGAAACCACUUAAUUCUCCUGAGAAUGUUUUAAUGUUCUGUGUUGGAAUAUUGUAGAUCGGGAUGUUUAAUUGUUUUUUACAGCACUGUGCACGUGAGUUUCAGUGUGUAAACUAGCAAGAAGAGUUAACUGUCAGCUAUCAAACUAAUAGGUUAAUGACGUUACACUAGACAUUUAGUGAAUGUUAACUCAUUCUUAAUUUGUAUCAUUUGUUCUGAGCAAGUAAUGAUAUUGUGGCUAUUGAUGACUAUUUUGAUGCUUUCAGUGGAAAACAAUUUUGAAUCCAAAUCUGAGAAAAAAUAUGAUUUUGAAAUCUUA